AGUACACUUCCAUCAUCCUCACAAGCUGCACACUUUACAAAGGAAUACUACUUCUAGCUUAAAGCCUUGCCAGCGGAGUCCGAACUUCUCGACAUAUUGUUGAGAUCAUCUUGCAACAAUGCUGCGGGUUUCGGUGCCUGUGUUUCUUGCUUUUUACUUUACCGUGUGUGGUUACUUUGAGGCUGCCUGUGGUGGGUCAGUUCUGCUCAACUCCAACGCCAUAAAGAACCUUCCCGGAGGAGCUGCGAAUCCUAGCCUCCCGGUCAGCGCGACCCCAGACGUUAUACCUUUUGACAGCGGUAGUCAGAACGUGGCGAUUGACACUUUACAGCCUUCUACCUGCGUGAAUGACGACGAAUGCGGUGAUGAAGAGUUCUGCUACGGACCUCGAAACUCCUGCCUUCCUUGCAAGAAGCGCAGGAAGCGCUGUAUCCGGGACGCUAUGUGCUGCCCUGGCAACCACUGCAGCAAUGGUGUGUGUCUGCCCAACGACCCGGACACUGCUCAACACACCGCAGCUGACGAUACCAUCACUCCGGGAUUUGUGAACGAGGAUAACUCUACAGUGGAAGCCCAUUCCAAGCGUGCACCCCAAGGAAGACCACAAUCACUCAAAGGUCAGGAGGGCGACAACUGCCUGAGGUCCACAGACUGCUCAGAGGGGCUGUGCUGUGCCCGUCACUUCUGGUCCAAGAUCUGCAAGCCUGUUCUGAAAGAGGGACAGGUGUGCACCAAGCACAGGAGGAAAGGCACCCAUGGCUUGGAGAUAUUCCAGCGCUGUGACUGUGGGGAUGGUCUUUCUUGCCGAACGCAGAAGGGGGAUAAUGGCAGCAAGGCUUCCCGAAGCCUUCACACCUGCCAAAGACACUGAGCUCCAGUCUUGCACCCUGGAGAAGCUGAUAUCUGAAAGGAUGUUGUUUAGCCCGCCGGAAAGUUUAAAGGACUCGUCUGACUUCCCGAAGAGCAUUUUGAAGUGCCGAAGAGGGCAUUUGCAUUGGAUACUCUGUUUUUU